AUGGCAGCCUGGCCAGCGACAUCAUGCGAGGUUCACGAGAUCCUGGAGAACUGGGAGGACUUUGCUGAAGCAUGCAGCUUAAAACCUUUGGAGCGCAGACGCGUGGAAAAGGAUGCUGCUGCUGUGGUGGGAAGUGAUGCGGCCACUGGGAACGCGGCAGCCGCUGCGUCCGAGGCUGCUGCCAAGUCUCGACCGCCCACGCCAUCCGGAGCGGCUGCCGUUGCAUCGGCAGCCACCACGGCAAACCACUUCGGUCCCAAGGAGGAUCCCGAGAAGUAUGUCAUGGGUGAAGAGCUUGGCUCGGGGGCAACUGCGACGGUGUGCAGGUGUGUACGCAAAAAGGACAGCAAGCAGUUCGCCGUCAAGAGCAUCAACAUAGGCAAGCUCCGGCUGCAGCCAAACUUUCAAAAAGUCUCGGAGAAGUUGCAAAGAGAGGUAUCGAUCCUGUCUUCUUUGCGGCACAACCGAAUCGUGUCACUCUUCGAAUCCAUCGAGAGCCAGGACUACCUCCAUCUGGUGAUGGAGCUUGUGGAGGGAGGCGAGCUGUUCGACCACAUCGUAAACAUAGGCUCGUUCACCGAGCCCGUGGCGCGCUAUGUCUUCAUCCAAAUAGCGGAGGGGUUGAAGUACAUUCAUUCGCAGCACAUUGUCUACCGGGACCUGAAACCCGAGAAUAUCCUGGUCGACCAGAAGAAUUCUAGACAGGGCCUUCUGGAGAUCAAGUUGUCAGACUUUGGACAUUCCAAGCUCAUCCACGACGGGUACAGCACCGCGUUGACUCGCGUUGGAACACCGCAGUACUGGGCUCCGGAGGUGUCUGAUCCCUUUAAGGCUGCCAAGGGCUACGACGAGCGAGUGGAUCUCUGGUCCCUGGGCGUGGUUUUGUACGUGAUGCUGGUGGGUGCCUAUCCCUUUGAUGGUUUGGGCGAGCCGAUCGACGCACAAAUCCGCCGUGCCUCCGUGCAGUUUCCAGCGGGGCGGAGGCCCAGCCAGAACGCGCAGGAUCUGAUCAGGGCUUUGAUCCAGUCGGAUCCAAUGCAACGGCUGGACCUGGACCGCUGCCUUGCGCACCCCUGGGUUUCCACCAGUGCCGGCAGCCUCUCCAAGGUGCUGAAUGAAGUCCGGCAAGCACCUCCAGAAGAGAGGGAAGAGCCGUUCCAACUCCCGGGCGACCCUUCCAAGGAGCAAAUCGAUGGUCUUCGCCGUGAUCUCCAGCACUGGAUCUACAAAUGGCGUUGUGGCGCCACGAUCCAGAAGAGGAAGCAGGACAGCGUUGAAGCAACCUACGUCAUGGCCAACAUGCAACUGGGUGUGACGGAGGAUGAGCGCCGGAAGGCUCGCAGAGAACUGCAGGACCUCAUCAAUUUCAAUUUUCCAGGUCAGCACGUCAGCGGAGGUUCGCCUGGUGCUCCGUCGACAUUGCCUUCUCUUCCGGAGGAACGCAUGAAGAAGUCGCACCGCUUGCUGACGCACACGUUGAAGGUUACGGAAAAAGAUGGUGCUGGCGUGGAGUUGGAGCCAGAAGCAGGCGGCAUGAAAGUGAUGAAGGUUUUUCCCAAGCCGGGACAGCCUGGCCUGGAGGCAAAGGAUCUAAUCAUCAACAUCGAUGGAAUGCCCCUCCGCGGCACGCCUGAAACGGUCGAGGAGAUCUUCGGGCGGCACUUCAGAGAUGGAGUUCAGCUGACUAUCAAGAGGUUUCAGAGGUGA